CCGAAUUUAACCCGCGGCCAUAACAAAGAUCUUUUCAGCAUUGAUGAAGAUAGUCAAGAAGGCUCACCGAGCAAAUCAGGGUUCCAGCUAGUUGACCUAAGUGAUACAGACACCAUAACCCCAGCUGAUCCUGGAGGGGGUGCUGGGGUCAGAGGCCAAGGAGUAGCUGGAGUGACCUUUGACCCCUCCAUAUCCGUUUCCAAUAGCCCGGCUCACAGAACAAGAAGAGACUCUGUGGGAUCAUGUGUCAGUGAUGCUAGUAGCCUUUUCCCAAUUUAUGAAGUCCCAGGGGUUUCAUUCACCAUGCCACAGAGUGACUUAGAAUCCUCCAGUGAGUGGGAGGAUGGAGGGAGUGCAGCAGUAGACCGUCUCAGUAAAGACACAGUGUACCAGGCUUAUCUGAAGAUGAGACAGCGCUACCACAAGUACAAGGGCCGGUACUCUGAUUUGGCCCGAGCCUACAAAGAGAAGGAGAAAGAAUCAGACAAACUACGAGACAUAUUAACUAAAACUCAGGAUAAAGCUCUGCGAAAAGUGAGCGAACUAAAAGAACAGUGUACACUAGAACAACAAGCUAAGGCUCACCUUGAGCAAGAGCUAAGGAGUGACCUAGAGGAGAAAGACCAUAAAAUCAUGGCUCUUCAGACCAAGGUGAGUGGACUACGGGAACAGUGCAUCCUUCAGCAACAGGCCAAAGCCCACCUGGAAGAAGAACUAAACGCAGACCUUGAGGAACGAGAACUCAAGAUAGCUGCACUCCUGACCAAGGUAAAGAUCCUCCAGGAGGGUGUUGUAGCAGGGGAUAUUGGCAGUACAGAUGCACACAGCCAAACCUCAAAUGACAAUCACUCGUCUGGCAGCCAGCGGGAUGAGCGUCAAGUCAAGAGCCAAGAUGAUUCUGAUAAUGUUUCAGCUGGUGACAACUCUUCUGGAGUGGAGAGUGUGUCAACAGCCGAGAGUGCUUCCAUGACAGAUAACAACUCCAUGGCAGAUAAUGUUUCUGUGGCAUCUCAUGGUUCAGCCUCCACAGCAGUUACUGCAAAUGCUGAAGCUGAUGAACUGAUAGAAAAACUAAAAGCCACAGUGGAAGAGGGAGAGAGAGAAGAAACAAGUGAUGUCGCCAAGCACAAAUCCUUGCUGGCUAGGUGUAUGGACAACAUCCGUGGAAAUAAGGAACGAAUUGUCAUCUUGACCCAAGAGAGAGAUAUUGCCACCAGCCAACUCCAGGACAAGAUUAAGCAAUUGGACAUCAUGAAGGAAGAGCAUCAGAAGGAAUUGGAUUCCUUACGUUCAAGUAUGGAAUCCUCUGCCUUGAGUAUGGCAGAGACCAAGAAACAGUUGUUUGAAGAGUUACAGGCCAAGGAAGCAGAGACAGAGAGGAGUAAACAAGCUGUGGCUACCUUGGAAAAGCAGAUUGAAGAAAGGGAGUCCAAAUGGCAGGAAGAACUUCACAACAAACAGCAGGAGAUACAGGAAAAGGAGUUGACACUUCAGGAACUUCAGAACAGUGAAAGAGCUGAUGAAGGUAAAGAGCAGGACAGUGACACUGUUGUAGCAUCCAUUAAACAAGAGGUAGAAACAAAGAUCAAGGAAUUAGAAUCAAGAACCAUAGAACUAAAGGAAUCAAGAACUGCCUUAGAAACUCAGUUAAAUGAAAUUGGCCAAGUUAAACUGCAGUUAGAGGAAAAAGUACAGCAGUUAAUGAAAGAGAAAGGAGAGCUUGAAAAUAUUGUUUCUUGCUUGAGCAGUGAUAAAGCAGAGACAGGACUAACGCUAACUGCUCUGAAGAGCCAGAAAAAGGAACUGGAGGAAAAUGUGUCUGUGUUGCAAAGUUCUAAAUUUGAAAUGGAGGGUAAGAUUACUGAUUUAGAAAGGUGUAAAAUUGAUAUGGAAGAAAGAAUUAACUCUCUUGAGAAUUGUAAAACAAACCUAGAAUCCAAACUCGCUUUGUCUGAAAACUCAAGGGAAGAACAGGAAGGCAAGGUAUUUACCAUUCAGAAUUAUAAUACAGAACUAGAAGGUAGAAUAUCCAGUUUAGAAAGUUUGAAGAUGGAAUUAGAGGGGAAGAUUAGUGGCUUACAGAGUGCUAAUGAUCAUUUAGGAGAACAGAUGGGGGAACUAACUGAUAAUAAAAAGGUUCUAGAAGCCCAGUUAAAGGAGGUGACCAUGAAAGAACAAGACCUCCAAAUGCAGGUUGAAAACUUGCAAAAAGUACAAUCAGAUUGUACAGAUAGUGCUUCAGCUGCCUCUCAGGAGGUAAUGAAGCUAAAAGAAACCAAUGAGAAGCUGGAGGCUAUGCUUUGUGACAUUCAGAAAGAAAACAAGGACCUCAAAGUUGUUUCAGAAGCAUUAAAAGUGGAGAAGGAGGUCCUAACUGAAAAGGUAAGUGAGCAACUGAAAACCAUUGAGGAGACCUUACUAAAACUUGAUGAUCUGCAAGCAAGAUUAAAUAUAAGUGAAGAGAAAAAUAACAAGCUUGUUGAGGAAAUUAAGAGCACAUGCAAUGAAAAGAUGUCUGUUCAAAACCAGCUUGAGGAACUAGAGAAAGAAGGUGAACUGCAGAAGCAGGCUCAUAAUAAAGAAAUUGGGGAUUUGAAGGAAGAGAAGGAAAAUAUCAUGAGUGACUUGCAGCAGACCAAAUUGGAAAAAGAGGAAACUAACCAGAAACUCUUGGUUCUUGAGAGUGAAAAUAAAGAUUUGAAAAACGAGAAGGAUCAGCUAAAUAAUGAACUAAAGGAAUCCAAGGAAAGUAUGGACAACAUCAGCAAGCAAGCUUUUGGUGAGCUUUGUACUUUAACAGAAAAGAUGGACAAGCUCAACAGAGAUUGGUCCAUUCAGAUGGAGGAAAAGAACAAAAUAAAUGAAGACCUUAGUAAGAAGGUUUCUGAACUGGAAGAAAGCUUGAAAGUGAAAUCGGAUGAAUACAAGGAACGAGUGGAAAAGCUGAAUGAGGAACUGAAGACAUAUGGCAAUUUAAAUCAGAUGAAUGAAGAUAUGAAAAAUGAACUUCAGCUGAAAGAAGAUGAAAAUAAAGGGCUUGCUUGUAGAAUAAAGAAUUUAGAAAAGAACUUGGAAGAUAAGGAAACAGAGUGCCACAGCUUACGGGUUAAUGUCCAGAAAAGAAAUGAAGAACUUAUUAGCCGUGUAGCAGAACUGGAGUCUGACGUUAAUAGCCGGGAGGUAGAGCUCACAGCUGCAGGUGAGGAGAAGAACAAGUUGAAUGCUUUGCUAGAGAAAGCCAAAGUUGCAAUGGGGAAGAUGCGCACGGAGCUGACGGCCUUACGGCAAGAAGAAAUAAAGGUGAAAGAAGAAGCAGCUGCUGCAAAGAAGAAUGCAGAGACACUUGAGGAAGAAGUGAGAAAGUUGAGAGAAGAAAAUAUAAAUAAAGAAGAAGAGUACCAUAGAGCUAAAGAAGAUGUUCAGAAGGCCUCUGUUACAGCUGAGGGGGAAGUUUCAAAGUUAAGAGAAAGUCUUGGAAAACUGAAAGAAAGUUAUCAGAAACAUAGUAGAGAGCAGAAUCUUAAAAUUAGUGAAAUGGAAAAAAUCAACCAGAGUCUAGAAACUAAGAAUAGUGAUCUAUUGAAAACUAUAAGUGAUUUACAGGCUUCUAUAAAACAGAAGGAUGAGAAAAUUGAGAAAUUGUUGAGUGAAAAGAAGACACUGCUUAGUGAGCUUGAGAAAAGGGUUGAAGAUUUACAGAAUGAAUUAAAGUCUAAAGAGGAGUCAUUGAAGAAAGUUGUAACUGAUUUUGAGGCUAAGACAGAACAGCUGGAGGAACAGAUGCACAAUAAUGAAGAGUCUCUGAAGGUGAAGAUAGAGAGCAGUUUACAGGAGAAACAUGAUUUGGAGACGAAGCUAUCAGAACAAGUUCACGCCACAAUGUCAGCAGAGGAAAGACUUGUCAGGCAGAUGGAGGAAUCUGAAAGAAAAAUGGAAGAAUUACAGAAGACCUUCUCCAAAAAGAGCAAAGAUAUGGAGUAUUCUUGGGAGCAAAGGCUAAGGUGGCACGAAAUUGCUGAUUCUCUUAGUGCCAACACACGUUAUAUUGCUUUAUACAAUAUGAUGAAAAUCUCAUGUGAACUUGAGAACCUCCAAAAACAGCAUGAAGAAAAUUUGGCUAGUGCUGCCAUGGAGCUGAACGACUCCCACCAGUCUCAGUUGGAGGUGGCUAGCAGCAGCUACCAGCGUGCCAUCGCCAACAGGGAUGCCACCAUUGCUGCUUUGAAGGACGAGGCUGACCAACUGAAACUAGAGCAUCAGGAGGCACUGGAAGCUUGGCAGAAAAAGUGUGAGGAUUUACAGAGUCAGCUGGCUGACAGUGAGCUCCAGUUCAAGUGUCAGGCAGCUGACAGUAUUGAGACUUGGAUGGUAGACGAGAGUGAAAGGAUUACGGUUAUUGAAGCGACUAUGGAAGAAACUACUUCGAAACUUGCGGCGUCAGAAGCUAAGUGUGCGGAGCUGGAGGAAAGGCUCCAGCAGACCACGGCCUCCUGUGAGACCCUCACGCAGAAAAUAGAUGAGCUCACUGCCGAAAAUGACACCCUUACCCAACGAGUGGAAGACAUGGAGAAAGAGAAGGAGGGCACGGCCAAGACUAUAGCAAUGUUGGAAUUUAACAAUGAGCAUAACAAAGACAAGGUCCGAAACAUGGAACUUUCCAACAGUGACCUGCAGGAAACUAUAGCAUCCCUCAUGAAAGAGAAAGAGGAGCUAACAAGGCAGCUAAGAGAAGAUGCCUCUGGAGUGAUAGACCAAUACAUUAAAGAGAAAGAUGAAUUAGAGGAGAGAUUAACAAAGGAAAAGGAAGAACAACUGGAGAAGUAUGUUAAAGAGGACAAAGCCCUUAGAGAGCAGCUGGAAGGCCUCAUGGAGAUUAGACUUAGUUAUGAGAAACAGAUUAAGCAAAUAGAGGAGAACAAUGCAGCGAUGCACAGAAAGAUAGGUGGUGUACAGACAGAGAGGGAUGCUGCCCUUGCAGAGGCUGCCCACACCAAAUCCCAAAAAGUUGAUCUGGAGAAGAAAUUUGAUGAUCUCAGUAAGAUUAAGAGCACCAUGGAAGAAGAAAUUGUUACACUUAAGGGGACCAUUUCCAACCUGGAAGAGAAAUUGUCAUCACAAGAAAACCAGGUGCAGACUCUUAAUGAGACCAUCAACACACUGAACAACAACAUCCUCAACCUUCAGAAGCAAGUGGAAGGACUCAACGAAACGAAUGGCAAACUUGCUCGGGAUCUGGAGUCCGAGAGCAGGACACGAAUCGAAACACAGGACCAGCUAACUAAGAUGACCACAGCAAACAUGCAGCUUGAAGAAACGGUUAAGGUAGACAAAGAAUCACUAGGCAAGUUAGAAUCUGAAAGGAAAGAGCUUCAGUCUAGAGUUGAAGCCUCAACAGACCAUAGCAAAAUGCCAGAAAAAUUUAGUGAAUUGCAAUCACGAAUAACUGAACUAGAAUCCGAAAAUAAGACACUCUUGGAGAAAUUGGAUAAUUCCAAAACAGUCAGUAGUACCUCUCAAGAAGAAAGUGUAACCAACAAUGUUAUGGAAAAAGCAACAGAAAAUAACAAGGAUGACCAAUCAAAAGAACUGCAAAGUUUAAAAUCAUCUUUGCAAGCCAAGGAAGAAGAAUUAGCAAAGGUCAAACAAAACUUGAGAGAAGUAAAGGAAAAGUUAACGCUAGCAGAGGUUGUGAGUGGAGAGGUUGAAGACCAGAGGCAGAGAGUGCGAGAAGUAGAGUCCAAGAUGGCUGUGAUGGAGGAGCAGCACCGACAGCAAAUCAAAACGAUAGCUCUUGAGGCUGAGAGACAAGUUGCUGUGAAGGAACAAGAGUGCCAACAGACAAUUACUUCUGCAUACGACCAACAAGACAAUGAAACAAAUUCCCUUGUUCGUCAGCAUCGUGAAGCCAUACGAGAAGCUCAGGAAGAGGCCCGGGAGAAGGCAUCAGCCCUUGACUCUGUUGUCCAUGAGUACCAAGGCAAACUCAAGGAGAAAGAUGAGGAACUGUGCAAGUUUGUUCAACAGUAUGAGGAUCAGCUUGCAGACCUCACAACUCAUCAUGAGGCUCACAUCAAAGAGGUUGAAGCUACCUGGAAGUCUAGAGCUGAGAAAAUGGUUAGGCAGCGUGAGAUGCAGCUACAGGAGGAAAUGGAUGGAUUGUCGCAGGAGUGGAACAAGGAACGCAGAAGUCCUGCACCUGAACCUACAGAAGACAGCCAGGAACUUGAAAGACUAACCCAAGUGGCUGCAGCAGCCUUUAGAAGUGGCACUGAUUCUGUUGAACUUCUCAAGAAGCAAGUGGCUGCUCAACGGAAAGAACUUGAAGAAGUCAAGCUGAACCAUGGCAAAGAGAUUGGGGAGCUUAAGGCACUAUUGGAACUUAAAAGGAGAACGAGAGGAGGAGGGUGGAAGUGGAGGAGGAGGUGGAGGGGUCAGAGUUGGUGUAGCCCUUGAGGAAGCAGCAGAGUUUGAGUACCUUAAGAAUAUCUUGUACCAGUAUAUGCUUGGAAAGGAAACUCGG